AAGAAGCUUGAAAGUUCUCUGGUUAUUGAAAAAUCACAUCCAUAACCACUUUAUAGAUUCUUGAUGGGGUCGGAAUCGCGAUCGGCGCCGAUAUCAGUUUCGUCGCCGGCUUCGUCUUCAUCGCCGAGCGGGAAACGAACCAGAGAUCCGGAAGACGAGGUGUAUCUGGAUAACCUUCGCUCCCAGAAACGGUAUCUUAGCGAGAUAAUGGCUUGCAGUUUAAACGGACUAACAGUCGGAGACUCGCUUCCCGUCAACAUGUUAGAGUCUCCAUCUCAGAGGUCGGAGAUUUUUCUCUAUCACAGAGAUGACUUGCCAUUACAAUACUCCCCCAUGUCUGAAGACUCGGACGAAGCGAGAUUCUGCGAGGACCCAACAGCAACUAGCACUACUAGCUCAUCGCAACCCGAGAGCCGCCCUACUAGUCCGGUUUCACCGUACCGGUACCAAAGACCUCUUACCUCGACAAACCCGUCGUCAACCAUGAUGAGCACCAGUGCGGCGAGUCCACAGUCUCGGCCAAGAGGAUCAGACACGGAAGGAAGGUUUCCGUCAUCCCCUAGCGAUAUCUGCCAUUCGGGUGACCUGAGGAGAACCGCUCUACUCAGGUCUGUUCAAAUGAGAACACAGCCCUGUGGUUAUCCUUCAAGUGAAGACAAGGUGUGCUUUAAGGCUAUGGAAGAAGAUACAAGUUAUAACAGCGGGGAGGAAGAUAUCUCUUACACUCAAGUCUCGAGUAAGAGCAAGUCUUGUAAAGCAUUAGAUAUGAGACUAUGUGAUGAUAGGUGAUUGAAAUGAAACUAAGCCUUUUCACUACCAAUCGACGAUUUCUUCUAAUGUUCCACAUUAUUAGUUUGCAUAUAUAGUGCCGCUUC